AUGGCAUCCAACAUUUGCUCUUCUGGAAACUGUGGUUUCCCCUCUCUUGGGAGUCACUGCUAUGUUCCUAUGACCUCAUCCACUGCUCUUUGCACUGCCGGCAUGAACUGUGGUGCUGCUUUCUGCUUGCCCAGCCAAAACAGAACGUGGCUUCUGGACAACUUCUCAGAGACACACGGUCAACCUUCCAGCUACCAGCCAUCCAGCUGUGUGCGCACGGACUGUAACAUUCCUUACUACCCCUCCACUAUGUAUUGUGCCUCCAGGCCCUGCAGAGAAACCUGUUUGUUCCCCAUCAGCUCUUAUCUCUCCAGUUCCUGUCAACCGUCAAUACAUACUAGACCUCAGAACUAUUUGUCUAGUUAUUCCCGCCCCCAGCACCACCUCUCUUAUGGCAAUCAGCCACAGAACUUCAUCUCCUGUGGAUAUCGACCACUGAAUUUUGUGUCCAGCACCUGCCAUCCUGUGAGACUUCUCUCCAAUGGCUGUCAACCUUUCGGUUAUGUGUCUAGCAGCUUCAGACCCCGGGGCUACAUGUCUAAUAGAUUUCAACCUGUUCAUUACAUACAGAACAGUUUCCAACCAGCUUGUUCUUCCUCUCAGACUUUGCAAUCUCCAUUUAUUAGAAGAUCAUGCUGA